CCGCCAGUGCCUAUACACAAAUAAAUCAGUGAAGGAGAUUUUUGACCUCAAUACUGUUACAAGUUAGUAAAAAAAAAGAUUACAAACCUUUGCAGAGAGACCUAUAACACAGAUCACGGAUAGAAAAGAACAUUAAAGGAUCCAAAAUGCGAAUAACCAAGUAUUUAUUAGGCUGCCACAUUAAUUAAGAACAAACAUUAACUGCAUUUUGCAGUUUUUCAACAUAUACAACAAAGGAACACCCUUUUCAACAGAAACAAAAAUGUUUAAAAAUAGAAAACUUUUUAGACUUAUAUAUUUAUUUUUUAUUGUUAUAAAUUUAACUAGCAUAUGGGCCCAAACAACAUGUAAAAACGGUCUCGGAAGAGUUCUAUAUGAACGUUUGCCAAAUCAACAGCUCCAAGGAUAUGAUGAUGAUGUGGUCAGAGACACAGCCCCUCCCUUCCGAGUUCUUGAAAAAUGUCAAGACCUCUGCCUGCGAGAUCGAACCGGAACAAAUAACCUUGUACGAACUUGUACAAGUUUCGACUUUCAACCUGGCAGUCGAAUAGCUUCAUUCGGUGGUAAUGCCGAAUAUGAAGAAUCAAUAUGUUAUCUAACGAGUGAACAAGCUGGACCUGAAGGUAUUGGAAGCCUAAUGUUGGUACCCAACAGUGUCCAUUUCAACGAAAUUUGUCUAACAUCAAGUAGACCAGAAAGAGAAUGCCCAAGUCGAAGAUACGUCUAUGAAAGACACCCCAGGAAGAAAUUAAAACUUCCACUUUCCGACAUUAAAGAGAUAACUGCUGCCAAUCGAUCCGAUUGCGAAGACAAAUGUUUAAAUGAAUUCUCCUUUGUUUGUCGAUCGGCAAACUUUGAUUCAACCAUGCGAACUUGUACCCUAAGCAGAUUCACAAGACGAACUCAUCCUGAACUUCUUGAGGACGAUCCAAAUUCCGAUUACCUAGAGAACACAUGCUUAAAUGCCGAACGCCGUUGUGAUGGUUUAGCUGUAUUCGUUAAAGAAGAAAACAAACGUCUUGGUGGUCCCUUCGAAGUGGAUAUAUUCAAUAACAUGACUCUAGAGGAAUGUCAAACAAUGUGCCUGCGAGCUGAAAAAUAUUUCUGUCGAUCGGUUGAAUUCGAUGAUCAAACAAAGCAAUGUAUACUCUCUGAGGAGGAUUCAAUAUCCCAGAAAGAUGAUAUCAGCAUCAGUUCAAGUCCAACACAUCAUUUCUAUGAUCUAGUGUGUCUAGAUAAUCAGAGAGCAACUGAUUAUCCAUCAGAUAAUUCAGUGACUUCACACCUAUUCUCUAGCGGCCGACGACCGGACACUGCAUUCCAACGUUAUAGGAAUUCACGUCUUGGUGGGGAAUUCCAUUCGGAGAUCACUGGGCGAUCGUUGAGCGAGUGCCUUGAUGAGUGUUUGAGACAGACAAGCUUUCAAUGCAGAUCAGCAGUAUAUAGUGAUCGCUUUAGGACGUGUCGAUUAAGUCGCUAUAAUCAAAAGGAUGGCAUGCGUAUCAUCUACGAUGCUGACUAUGAUUACUAUGAAAAUUUAAUGCUUAAUGUUGUUGGGAGUGGUGGAACUGGAACAGGUGGAAGUGGUAGUGGUGGAUCGGAUGAUGAUCGUCUUGGUGGUCAUGGUCGGCCGACAGAUGGUGGAAGUGGUCAUAAUAGUUGGAGACCACCAUCGGAUAGGGAUAAAAAUGGUGAUGGUGAUCGAUUUGGUACUGGCGGUGGGACAGGUGGUGUUGGUGGUGGAGGCUCUGGAAAAUAUCCACAUGCUGGGGAUAUUGGAAAACCUUAUGAUCGUUAUCCAUCGGAUAAUGAUUAUGAUCGUUAUCCGGGUGGGGAUCGCUAUCCAAGUGGUGAUCGUUAUCCUCCUUCGGGUGGAGAUCGAUAUCCUCCAAGUGCAGGGGAUCGAUAUCCUACAACUGGGCCAGGUGAUCGUUAUCCGGGAACUGGUGGUGGUGUUGGUGAUCGUUUUCCUGAUCGUUAUCCGCCCACAAGUGGUGGUGGUGAUCGAUAUCCAUCACCAAUGGGAGAACGUUAUCCGGGAGAAGAUCCAUAUAAUGAUCGUGAUAGAUAUCCAGGUGGUGGUUCAGAUAGAGACCAUGUUAUACCUGAUCGUGGACGUUAUCCAUCCAUCGAUGAUGAUCGUUAUCCGGGUAAAGAUCGUUAUCCAGGUGGUGAUCGUUUUCCUGAACGUUAUCCGAGUCGUGAUCAAUAUGCUGAUCGUUAUCCCUACCCUGCCGAUCGAGAUAGGGAUCGUUAUCCGACUGCACCAUUUGGUGAUCGUGAUCGUUAUCCUAUAGAUGAUGGACGUUAUCCACCUAGAGAUCGUGAUCGUUAUACACCACCACGUCCAAUUGAUCGUUAUCCUGUUAUAUCCGAUAAUAGUUUGCCAGAUAGAGAUAUUCCCCACACAAGACCAUAUCCGCCAGGAGAUGGUCCAAUAUAUCAUCGUCCUUAUCCGGGAGGAUCACGUUAUCCAGAUGAUGGAUAUGCAUCAAGAUAUCCAUCUAGUCGUUAUCCGCCAAGAGAUCCUGGUUAUCCGGGAAGAGAUUCACCGGAAAGUAUAUUCCCCGAUCGUCGUUAUAGACCAUCUUCGUUUGAUUCACGUUAUCCUCCAGAUGCUCCUAGAGGAGGGCAUUCAUCGCGUUAUGGUCCAGAAAGUGGAAGAUAUCCUCCAGAUGAGAUAAUUUUGAAUGCCCGUAGACCGGAGCCAGAAUCAAGUAAAAGAUAUCCUCCAUUACCACCACCGCCGACAACGGGGAAAUAUCCAACAUCACCAAAUCGUUUUCCCAUAGGCACAGAUCGUUUUCCAAUUGAUAUUUAUAAAUAUGGAAAUGGAGGAGAUCGCUAUGGGGGAGGAAGUGGAGCAGCAGGAGGAAGAAGACCAUCAGCAGGCUAUGAUCGUAUUCCGCCCCCAUCCUACUAUGACCUAGAAUAUGAUGACCGUUAUAGCGAUCGCCCACCACCCCCAUACAUUUCACCAUACGAUCGUGAAUUUGAUGGAGGCUAUAGAAGACCUGGCAGUCCUGUCGGCGGUGGUGGUGGAGCUGGAGGUGUAGGCACUGGCGCUGGUGGUGCAUAUCCACCAUAUGAGAGCCCCUACAGUCGUCCGCCAUACGGUGGCAGUUCGAUCAAUCAACUUCCACCAGAAGCUCUUGGAGGACCAAGCGGUGGUGGCGCUGGUGGGCCACCACCAUAUGCAAGCGGUCCUUCUGGCGGCGGCGGUGGAUCAGCUAGACCACCAAGUACGAGAUGUGACGAGAACGAUAAUUUCAAACAAGUGGCAGCUCGGCACAAGAUGCGACGACACUUUGUUCGGCGAGCCUUGAUCGUGCCUUCGCUAAUCCAAUGCGAACGUGAAUGCAUUGAAUCUCGCGACUUCAUCUGUAGAAGUUUCAACUACAGAGAUACCGCAGCAUCCACCUACGACGAACGAGAUUUACCAAACUGUGAGCUCAGCGAUCGCGAUUCCCGCGAAUUGGACGUUCAUGAUCCGAACACAUUCGAUCCGGCAAAUUAUGACUUUUACGAGCGCAGUGCGGGUCGCAGCGAUGGCGAAUGCUUGGAUGUUUCACAGACGUGCAACGAAGAGGGAAUGGAAUUCACCAUACGUACGCCAGAGGGUUUCAUUGGCCGCAUCUACACCUACGGAUUCUACGACAGAUGCUUCUUCCGCGGCAAUGGUGGCACAGUAAACGUGCUGCGUAUCAGUGGUCCACAAGGUUAUCCCGAUUGCGGAACACAGCGGUAUGGAGACACACUCACGAAUAUCGUGGUAGUGCAAUUCUCGGACAAUGUUCAGACUAGCAGAGAUAAACGUUACAAUUUGACCUGUGUGUUCCGAGGUCCUGGCGAGGCUGUUGUCACAUCUGGAUACAUUGGAGCUGGAUCUGGAAGUCCCAUACCAAUUGAAUACCUUCCAGCCGAAAAUACUUUAAGCUCAAAAGUUCGAUUGAUGAUUCUCUAUCAAGGAAGACCAACAACAACAAUAGCCGUUGGUGAUCCAUUAACAUUCCGUUUAGAGGCUCAAGACGGCUAUAAUCAUGUGACAGAUAUCUUUGCAACAAAUGUCGUUGCUAGAGAUCCAUAUUCUGGAAGGAGUAUUCAACUUAUUGAUCGAUUUGGAUGUCCUGUGGAUCCUUAUGUUUUCCCUGAACUUGAUAAACUUCGAGAUGGUGACACUUUGGAAGCAAGGUUUAAUGCCUUCAAGAUUCCUGAAUCUAAUUUCUUGGUAUUCGAAGCAACUGUACGAUCUUGUCGUGAAGGUUGUCAGCCGGCUUAUUGCCCGGGACCUUCUGGUCGUCAGGAACCAUCAUUUGGACGUCGUAGGAGAUCUCUUAAUGUCACUGAGGUGGAAUUGAUUGAAGAUAGUGGGGAAAAAAAUUCAACUGAGUUGAAUAGUGGUGAAUUUAAUAAAACAAUAACAGAAGUCGAUGAUGCAAAAAGUGAGACAAUUGAAGUUGAGGAACCAGAACAAGUUCGAGAGAUGAUCGAGGUUUUUGAAACUCGAGAAGAAAUCGAAAAAGAUUCAUAUCCCAGAAAGUUGGUAGCACCAGUUGAGACAGUCUGUUUGUCACCAUCGGAAUAUCAUGGUCUUCUGACAGCUGUCAUUUUGCUUAUGAUUUUACUUAUGAGUAUAAGUCUCGUUUCUGGAUUGGCAUACAGACGUUAUUGGAAAACAAUGUCCAAAAAUCGUAUAGCAGAUCGUAAUUCACCAGUAACAUCAUUUACUCCAUCUUCUCUACGAACUCACGAAAGAUUUAGUGAAAUUGGUCAAAUAAACAAUGGUUCUUCAGGAACAGGAAGAUCAAGUCAAUUUAGACCGAAUUUGUCAAUGUUUGGUGGUGGUUUGCAAAAAACUUUUGCCACAGGAAAUUUGGCAAGAAUGUGUCAAAUCCCGGUAAUGAAUCCAAUACGAAAUAAUACUUCGAGUAACAGCAAUCAAUUUGAUGAUCCAAGCGAGCCAAUUUAUACAGAUCCAUCACUUUUCGAAAGAUCAAGAUCCCUGCGAAGUCUUUCCGAAGAAGGUGAUAAUCAUAAUGUCUGAACUCAGAAUUGAAAUUCUGUAAAUAACCCAAAAACCAAAAAAAAAGAUGUCUUUUUAUCAUCAAGCCUAGAAACCAACGCGAUGAUAUACUAAAACCAAAAUAUUUCA